AUGUGUGUCAUUCAAGAUAAUAAAAAGAAGAUAAGACCUGUGCUUGAUUAUUGUGAGCUUAACACGUAUGUAAAAGCCUCUACAAGGGAUGCUGAUGUCAUCAAUGAUGCAAUGAGGGAGUGGAGACUCAUGAGUAAAAACAGCAAUGACUCGGUAGUGGAUCUAAGAAGAGCAUAUUUACAAAUUCAUGUGCAUAAAAGGCAUUGGCCUUACCAGACGGUCAUCUAUAAAAAUCAGCGAUAUGCACUUACACGUUUGGGCUUUGGUUUAAGUUUGGCACCAGUGAUGAUGAGCUCAAUAUUGCGGUAUGUUUUCCAACAAGAUUCUGCACUGGCAAAAACAACAAGAGGAUACAUUGAUGACACCCUAGCAACCAAUGGAAAUGGAAGAAAGCUGGUGAUACAUAUGAAGAAAUGGGAUCUUCAUGCAAAAGCACCUGAAUAUUUUGGCGAAAACCCAGUUCGUGCACUAGGAUUAGAAGUCACAGUAAAUCCAUUAACAAAGGAGAUGUUUUCGAAGAGAGGACGCGAGCUUCCUAUUAUUAAAUCUGUGCUCACAAAGAGGGAUAUAUUCUCAUUAUGUGGUAAUCUGAUUGCUAAUCUACCAGUUGCUGGAUGGUUGAGACCGGCAUGCAGCUAUAUAAAAAGAUGUACAAACGAAGCAGGUUGGGAUGAACCUAUUACGAAUAAGUAUGUUAUCGAAAUGAUGCAGGAAGUUGUAGAUAAAGUCGUAAAGUGCGAUCCGGCAAAAGGUGUAUGGAAUGUUAAACCAAAUGCAUCUCUGACUGUAUGGUGCGAUGCAAGUUCGCUGGCAAAAGGAGUUGUGAUAACGCAAGGUGACAGAAAGAUAGAAGAUGCGACAUGGCUCCGACCAAAGUCUGAUGCAAUGCAUAUCAAUGUUGCCGAAUUAGAUGCAUGUAUUGAAGGUCUAAAUAUGGCAUUGAAAUGGAAUCCAAGUGAUGUCUCUAUUAAAACUGAUUCUCAUAGUGUAUUUAGUUGGUUAAAUUCUGAAUUGACUCGUGACAAACCUGUGAAAUGUGCUGGGCAAUGCGAAAUGUUAAUUCGACGAAGACUUCAAAUAUUUGAAAAAUUGGUCGAGGAUUAUGUCAUAAAUGUAACUGUUACAUGGGUACCAACAACUAAAAAUAUUGCAGAUGAACUCACAAGAGUGCCAACAAAAUGGAUAAAAAAUGAAGUUGCAACACAAGAAUGUAAUACCAUUUAUAAGUACGAUAAACAGCAGAUUCGAAAAAUUCAUUCACUAGCACACAUGGGAGUUUCCAAGAGUAUGGAGUUAUGUAUGCGCGCUGGUAUCCACGUUACCAGAGACACAGUGAAACAGGUUGUCGCUGAAUGCGAUGAAUGUAACUCGAUUGACCCUAAUGCGAUGUCGUGGGAUUAA